AUGGCUCAGCACGCAGCUGGCGACGCUAUACCAAAGAAAGUGGCUUGGUUUGCGCAAGGGACUCCUGUUCACAAGAGGAGAUAUUGCGCAACUCGGCUGAUGGGGCGCCUGACUGGGCCAGCAAGGUUACUGGCGAUGUCGUGGCCUCAGCAAAGCUUUGACGCAGCCGACGGCACCUUGAAGCUCCUUCGUAGACUGGCGAAGAGCCCCCUUGUGAGGAAGUCGCUUCCAAACGCAGCGGCCAUUUGCACGCAGUACUUCUCCUUCAAACGCCACCCAGGAGAAAGUAUCGGCAACUUCUUGGUCAGAGAGACUCUUGCGCACGAAGAGUUCGUGGAAGCCUUGAUUCGACUCCAUGAGGACAAGAUCGGGGUCAGUCAAGAUCUUAAAGACUUUGGUCUCCCCACCUCCUUGAGCGAGGACCAGUGGUGGUACGACUGGUACGAGUACGAUGAUGCCAACUCCGAUGUGAUGGACCUGAAGUACCUCCACGUGAUGGCGAGCCCCCGCGAGCUUCGGCAGGCUCCUCACCGAGCAACCACGGAAGACCAGGCGAUGGACAGCAGCCCCGUGAUGGCGCUGCUGACUCCUCAGCCCAUUGACGAGAUAUCUGUGGCUGACUCCUUCAUCAUGGGUGUCCUCCGAGGAUGGCGUUUGCUUCAAGCGGCAGGGCUCAAUGCUGAGGAGAAGAGAGACAUUCUUGGAUCCACUAAGAACUCCUUUUUGGAUUACGAAGUCAUCUCCUCAGCUCUUCAGACCUUGUGGGACGAGCAGCUUCUUGGACAUCGCUCUCCUCUGCCUCACCAAGGCUACUCCAUGGUGCAGUCCGAGCACGAGGCCCAGUACCACGACGAGACGUGGGACAAUGAUGCGGAGUGGUGGAACUACGAGACCUACUACGUCCACGAUGAUGACGACUGGUGGGGAGAAGCGUGGGAUUACUCAGAGCCCACUCCAGCCACCGUUGCUGCUGCGUCCACGGAAGAAGCGGCUGAUGAUCCCCAGCUUCGCGAGGCACAGCAAGCUGAGAAGAUUGCAGAGUCCUUGGCCUUGGACGCUCAGCGAACAUGGACGGAGGCUCGAAGGGCCACUCAGGCACUUCGUAAAGAUCGAGGCUUUGGAGCUGUGGCGUCUACCACCACCGGCAACGGACUUCGUUGCUUCAUCUGUGGAGGGCCACACCUUGCCCGAGACUGCCCUGAUCGACGUCAUCCUUCCAAUUGGAAGGGCAAGGGAAAGCACAAGGGCAUGAUGCUGGACUAUGAUUACUACGAGAACUACUACACCAGCAAGGGUCUUCGUGGCUUUCCCAAAGGCAAGUCCAAGGGCAAGGGCAAGAAGGGCUCCUACAUGGAAGCUCAAGCUCAGUGGCUCAAAGGGAAAGGCAAGGGCCAGUCUCAUGGACAUCCCUUUCGCUCUGUGAAUGCCUACGGUGCCAUGGAGCUGAACCUUGGUGGCUUGGAAGUGUCCGAUGCGAUGGACCUGACUUCGUCCACUACGGCAACCUCAUCACGCCCUGAGCUUGGCAUGUUAGACAGUGGAGCAACCGCCUCCGCAGCUCCUGAAGCCGUGAUUCAGGGUUUGAUUUCUUCCAUUUUGGAGCAAGACCGCUCCGCCAAGAUCGAAGUGGACCCCACCUCGCGCCCAUACUUCAGGUUUGGGGAUGGCCGAUGGGGCCGAGCUCUUUAUAGGACACGAUUGAGUUCAGACGUGUCAGGUGUUGAACGACAGUUCUCCUUGUUUGCGUUGCCAAAUCCACCAGCGUUUUAUCAGCCUGGCUUUGACAAGUCCACGUUGGUUCCCAUUUUGGUUGGCAUGGAUUUCCUUGGACAUAAGGGCAGCGGAAUGGUGAUUGACUUCACUACCGGUCUGGCCAUGAGCACUUUCGAUGAUACUCCUGACAUCUACCCCUUAAAGAGCAACCCCAAGGGCCACUUCCUACUUGACAUAUGCUAUCAUUUGACCAGAGAUUGCAUCAAGCUUCACAACAUCUUCGCGCUGCAGCCCCUACCGGCUCAAUGCGAGGACCCUGUGGUCCACCAGCAAUCCCGACAACUUCCUCUUCGACAUCCCUGCGUGAUGGCAACUCCUUCGCCACCGCAAGUUCAGGCAGCCACGGACCUCAUCUAUGCGGCCAACCCCAAGGCGAAGGCCAAAUCUUGGACCACGGCCGCACUCAACCUGGAGAUCCACGCGACCCGAGGGCAGCCACGAACAUGUGGCCAUGCUUCGGCCAACAUGUGCUUGAAGCAGCUCAAGCCCCUCAUGGAGGCCUACCUUCCGACGGCCAAGAUUGUUCGGGCCACGCAGGCCAAGAUCGACGCGGAGGAGAUCCUUCAGCACACCAUCGACGAGGUCAAGAUGAGUGGACCACCUCCCAAGUCAACAUCGACGGCAACCACGUCAGCACGACCCCCGGUGAGUCCAGGGAAGGCGGAUCCAUCAGAGGCGACGGAGAUGGCCGACGACGAGGUCGAGCUUCUGACCGACGGGUAUCGGCAGCAGGCUCAGCAGGAGUGA